UAUACAAUAGACGAAAAAGUGUUACCACUCAUUUUACCUGUUCAUAAAGAACUCGAACAAGUUGAUUUCCAAGUGCAUCAUUGGCAGAUUGAUGACUGGACAUCACUCGACCAUCGUGCUCAUGGUCCUAUAUUUGAAGCAGCUGGACUUCAAUGGCGUGUCUUGUUAUUUCCCAAGGGCAAUAGUCAGCAUGACCAAGUCUCCAUCUAUCUAGAAGUCGUGAUGGAUAAUAAAGAAAAAAAAGAAUGGUCUGUUUGUGGUGAAUUCGCAGUGAUUAUA